UUAGAACUGCGUCGCGAUCCGGGGAUCGUGUGCGAGACCGCCGUAGAGAAAUUCUUCACCACUUAAUGGCUUCAAUUUCUUGUUUAACUUUUAUUCAGCCCGUUUUUUUUUCUUACCAUUUUUGUCUUUUUCUUUCUUUUUCAAAUACGCCAGGUACAUGAAGUAUCUCUACCCGUACGAGUGCGAGAAGAAGAACCUGAGCACGCCGGCGGAACUGCAGGCCGCGAUCGACGGGAACCGGCGCGAGGGUCGACGCUCCAGCUACGGCCAGUUUGAGUCGCCGUCGGUGCAGCGCUCUCCGAUCCCACCCCAGGGCAUCCAGCAAAUGUCCCCGCUCUCGCUGGUGACCCACGUGAACCAGCAGCAGCAGCACCAUCGCCUGUUGGGCGCUCCCAACGUUGGCCAGAUCCCGAACCUGCUCCCAGCGGAAUUUGAACAGCGCAUGCUCGACUACAUCAAGCUGUUCCAGCCGAAGGAGACCAAACGCGAGCAAAGUCCCGAACAGAUGACGCUGAACGCGCUGGAAAUGUCCCGCGUGGCCCUUUGGAACAUGUACAACAACAACACGAGCCCACCAAACUCGCUGCAGACGGCGAGCCCACCGGAAAUGCAAAGGGAAGCGCUGAACCUGGCCGAGAGUCCGCCCCACCACCUGUCAAUCAAGCGCGAGCGGGACAUCCCGAUGGACUUUACCGGAGAUCGCGCCGGCCGAGACUUCCACGCCGGCCUGCCCCCCGCCAAGCGCAGCAACAACAACUCGAUCGCGGCCGUAGCCGUUGCCCAGCUCCAGCAGCAACAUCACCACCAACUAGGCAACCGCUCGCUAACCCCCCAAAAGCUGAACAUGUCCUCGCACGAUGAAGAAGACGCCCGUUCCGACGGAACGCCCAUCAACCUGCGCGGAGGACCCGAAAACGGCACCCUCCGCCAUCACCACGACGAUGAUCUUCCCGAGGACGAAGAGGAAGACGACGACGAGGAGAUGACCAUCGCCGACGACGAAGCCCACCACCCCCUAGCCCUGAACCGCAUCACGGAACACGCCGCCGCCGCCCUCGUCGCAGCCCAGCGCGAGCAAGCCGCCCAAAACCAUCUGGCCAGUCUCAACCUAAGUCUCCUGGAGCGGGAACGCUGCGGCAGCGCCGACAAACUCAAACGUCAACAGGCGCAACUCCACCUGGAACAACUCCAGCGCGAACAACUGCUGCACCAUCAGCAGCAGCAGCAGGCUCUCCAACGCGAGCGGGAACGUGAGCUGCAGCAGCGCGAGCGGGACAUCCAAAAGGCCAAGGAACUGCAGCAGCAGCAGCAGCAACUUCUUCAGCAACAACAGCAGGAACAGAAUCGUCUGCGAGAGGCGCAGCAGCAGCAGCAACAGCAGCAGAAUGGGGAUCGGCUAAGUGGGUUGGAUAAUGUGGGAAGCAACAACACUAGCACCAGCAGUGAUCACAGCCAGAAUCGGGCCGGAUCGGCGAAUGGAGGGGCGUUCAGCCCGGGAUCGGCGGGAGGAGCUGGUGGACAGCAGCAGCAGCAGCAGAUGGGCAUUAUGGGCAUGCAGUUUAAGCUGAUCAGUAGAGGUGAGUACUGA